AUUGACUCUUUUUUUUCCGUUGUCAGCUGAGGAGGCAUCGUAUUCCACUCGUAUCAAGCUUCACAUGACACUUUUGUGCUACGCAUUGCCAGCUCGCGUCUAUUGCAGCUACUAUCAUGUUCAGCACCGCCGUACGGUGUAAGGAAAGGUGCCCGCCCCACACGGGUCCAUGAAGACCUAGAGUGGUCUCGACCGCCGUUCCGUCGGCCGUAGGGUGGGCUCAACCCGUCCGUCGGCCGGUCCAGCCGUUUGAACAACCAUUCUCGGGCUCAAAUGCAUGAACACGGUCCUGUGCGUGAGUGCCCCAAAAGCUUAAGCAUAACCAGAAGAUACGGAUCGCAAAGGAAGCGGUCUGUGAGAAUGGUUGCAUUCAUGGUUAUUCGCACUGAAGAAACCUCGAGAACUAGCAUUCCCUGUAGCCCCCGGGGUACGUUCGUAAAGCUCCAUUCCAUUGUAAUAACUGAACUUUGUCGCAUUACCAGAGGAGGAAUCUCGGCUCUCCUCAGCUUUCCUUCGGAUAGAUACGUGCGCGUCCCUCACCGCAUAGCCCGGGCCCGUUAUGUCGGGAAGGAGGGGACGAGCGAACAUGACAAAGUGGCUGAUCGAUCACUCUUGAAAAUGACCUUCAUUCUGCGUUGUCAAAAACAAGAUGAUACUGACUCAUCCGCAAAGCUGAUGAAAGCUUACGUUGAAGAGCGGAUGCGCAUGGGAUACGCCGAGCUAAAUCCGCCAGAUCGCAAGUUGCAUCUUUGAGAUUUAUCCACAGCCAAACUAUGAGAUUACGUGCACGGCGUGAGGAGUGUAGAGUCAAACUAAAACAAGGCGUACGGGAAACGAAUAAGCAUGAGAGAGAAAAGUUGACCGAUGCAGAGAUUGACGCCGAUGCCGCGAUGGCCGAAAAGCGAUGUUGCCGAUGCCGACUGUCAGUGA